AUGCCCCAAGAAGUUCUCUUAUCGAUAAUAGCAGUGGCCAAAUUUGAAAACAAAGAUCUCCUUCACCUAAGUCUCUCCUGUCGUGAGUGGGCACUAAUUGCCUUGCCAGCACUGUGGAAAGAACGCGACUUCAAACGCCGCUCUGACUUUGACAAAUUCAAACAAGCCAUCUUGUCGUCCAAAAUCCUCUAUCCUUAUGGUGAAUACGUACAAAGACUUCAAAUAGCAGAACUCGAAUUAGAACCACCACUCUUAUUCGAUGUGGAAAUGAUCCAUUUCAUCGCAGAUCAGUGUCCAAACCUCAACAUUCUUGACCUCCGCUUCUCAUCAAAACCACACGCCAACAAAACGCGACAUUUACCGUUACAUCUUCUGAGCGAUCGAUUGACGACGUUGAAAAUGAUGGCGUAUGAGAAUAACGAUACGGAGACUGAUGAAGAAAAGGAAUCAGACAAUAAACCGAACAAUUCAGAUGCGCUUUGUGAAUGUGUGAAAUCGUUGAGGAUUCGUGACGUUUCUUUGACGCACCCGAGGAUCACUAAGCCUGAGCUGUGGGACGUGUUUGCAAGGAAUAGUGGAGAGUCUCUUGAGCAUAUUAAGCUAUUCUUGAGGAAUGAAGAAGUGGAGAGUAAUGGCCGCGUGUUUAAUUCUUCCAUCAUUGUUGAGGCAAUAGCUAAGUACUGUAGUAAUCUGCGUACCUUUGUUUUUGAACCGCAUAAUUGUGCACGCGUGUCGAUGGCGGCUCUAUUAAAUCUACUAACAAACUGUCCCAAGCUUACCUCACUGCAUAUCAACAUUACAAGUGAUGGCGUGACAAUACUUCACAACUCCACAUCGCUUGUGAAGGUCCAUAUCUCCUCUCCAGUCGAGGGUAAAGAUCUGAGUCAAAUCAGUAGAAUGGAGAGUUUGUGUCAUUUGGAGUUAUCCACGAUUGCCGAUGGCUGUGAUUUCAAGUUUCUCAAUCAGUUGCCCAAUCUAACGUAUCUUGAAUUUGGCGAGUUCAGGCAAUUGACUGAUGAUUCUAUCAGCAACAUUAUUUCCCAUCCGCGCAUAUCUGAACUACGAAUAGCAAAGGUGCCACAAGUUACCGACAAACAUUUAUUAAUGCUGGCAUCGAUGCCUACUCUAGUUAAACUUUCAUUCGACCAAGAUAUUGAACAUGUUACGCGGGAAGGGUGGUUAGCUCUUGCUAAACGACCACCCGAUUGUCCAUCGUGGCUUGUAUUAGAUAUAAGUGAUGGGCGAUUGAUGGACUCUGAGUUCUUUGAGUUGAUAGAGAAGGGACAUCCUCAACUCAGAUCGUUGAGCGUGAAGAAACUCGAUAGAAACUUGUUCAAUGAUGAUGAUAAAACGUUCGAUAGUCCCAAAUUCAAAGAAUCAUGGACCGAGUGCAGGAACAUCACUACUUCGGGGGGGUUCUGGUGGCCUCCUAAGAAAUCAGGGAGGUCGGCUCAUAAAUCCAAAUUAUUCGGCAUCGGCAUUAGUUGA